AUGUCGAGACGUGUGCCACGCGCGGAGCUGCCGGAGGAGAACGACGUGGACGAGCUGCUGCGUCAGGAGGCUGCGUACCGGAAGGAGUUUGAGCCCGUUGCACCGUGGAAGCGCGACAAUAUCCCUGACUACGGCCCGCUGCAGGAGCACCAUCACGUGCUCAUCUUUGGCGUCGUGGGGACGGCCUGCACGAUUUUCUACGAGUUUACCGACUACUUCAGCGAGAUCCACCGGCUAGUGGCCUACGUGGCGAUAUGGGCCCCGCUGUGGUUUCGUCUGCUUGGUCGCGUGUCUCCAGCGCCGACGGACGAGGAGCUGGAUGCCAGAGAACGACGCGAGUUUGAGAGGAACCUGCAGCGUAUCGCCGACGAAAAGGACAAGGGCGACGAUGAUUGA